UGCGUGUUCCUGCCUCGGCUGCAACUUGGGUUUUUCCUUCUGGGCCAGUUUGCAGCGCAGAAGAGCUGCCCUCGGGGCCCUCACCCGCUCUCCCGGAGCCCGGGGCUCUCUGGGGAUCUGCAGUAGCGACCAGUGACGUGUGAGUGUGUGUGCGCCUUGAUUCGUCUCAUAUUAGUGAGCAGUGUGUGUGUGAGCGUGGGGUGUGUGUAGUGUGAGUCAGAGGACGGAAGAGAAGGGCGAGACUGCUCCUUCCUGUGGCCUCAAGGUCAGCCUCACUCAGCCAGCGGCUCUGCGGCCGGGCUGGCCCCUCUGGUGCGGAGCCCCGACAUGAAGUCCCUCCGGAAAGUGCUUCUGGUGGCUCCUCUGCUCCUCCUCCUGCCCUUUCACACCUCGGCCUCUGCAGCCCACGAUGACCAGCCCGGCGCCAGGCCCUCCAACGGGCACACCUGUGUGGGCUGUGUGCUGGUGGUGUCUGUGAUCAAACAGCUGGCUCAAGUCCACAACUCCACGGUCCAGGCCUCCAUGGAGAGACUGUGCAGCUACCUGCCGGAAAAACUGUUCUUAAAAGCCACCUGCUACCUAGUGGUUCGCACGUUUGGACCAGAUAUCAUAAAACUGCUCAGUGCUGAUAUGAAUGCUGAUGUCGUGUGUCACACACUGGAAUUCUGUCACCAGGGCCCGGGCCAGGCACUGUGUCAUCUCUACCCACUUCCCAAGGAGGCGUGGAAAGUCACCCUGGAGAAGGCAAGACAGAUCGUCAAGAAGUCCCCAACUCUGAAACACCCGAGAGGUGGUGCUGAUAUCUGCGUCCUCCCGUUUCUGGCGAAGAUCUGUCAGAAGAUUAAGCGAACUAUCACGAAUUCGGUGCCAUUCAGAGAUGUCGAUUCAGACAAUUACAGCGUUUCCCCAACGCUGCGCGGCUACCACUGGCGAGGGAGAGACUGCAAUGACAGCGACGAGAUGGCCUACCCCGGCAGAAGGCCAGACCGCUGGGAUGAACAUCGGGAUUCCAACUGCAACGGCAUCUGGGGUGUUGAUCCAAAAGACGGAAUCCCCUAUGAGAAGAAGUUCUGUGAAGGGUCAGAGCCCAGGGGAAUCGUUCUGCUGGGAGACUCGGCCGGGGCUCAUUUCCACAUCCCUCCGGAAUGGAUCACGGCUUCGCAGAUGUCCUUGAAAUCCUUCUUCAAUUUACCCACAGCACUUACCGAUGAGCUCGACUGGCCCCAACUUUCUGGUGCUACUGGAUUUCUGAACGCCACUAGCGGAAUUAAAGAAAACUCUAUCUACCUUCACUUACGGAAAAGGAACCGCUGCAAUCACCGGGACUACCAGAAUAUUUCAAAAAACGGCGCAUCUUCCCAAAACCUGGAGACAUUCAUAGAAAGGUACGUGGAAGAAGUGGUGCUAGAAGCAGGGAUUCCUACCCACUGCCCCACCUUCACUUUCCUGAACUUCACGGUUCAAUGUGAUCCCAGUGGGGGGCGGGGAUUUGGAAUGUGUAUGCAUCUGUGCUGUAAUCUGGUAAGAUCUUUCCUGUUCCUUUUAACCAACAGGGGGAUUGACCCAGUCCCAAAAAUGACCACUCCUGAGCAAUUCUAUUCCAAGGUCAUGGAGACCCUGAAGUACCUCAACGCCCGCCUGCCGAAGGGCAGCCACGUGAUUCUGUACGGCUUGCCGGACGGGACCUUCCUCUGGGAUCAUUUGCACAGCAGAUACCAUCCUCUCGGCCAGCUGAACGGGGACGUGACCUACGGGCAGUUGUACGCCUUCCUGAGCUGCCUUCAGGUCAGUCCCUGCCACGGCUGGAUGACGGCCAACGAGACCCUCCGGACACUCACCUCGCAGAGAGCAGCACAACUCUCCAAUACACUGAAGAAGAUUGCCACCAGCCAGAAAUUUACCAGCUUCCGUCUUUACUACGUGGAUUUUGACUUCCAAGAAAUCAUAAGGAAGUGGCAGAAGAGAGGCGGGCAGCCCUGGCAGCUCCUCGAACCCGUCGAUGGAUUCCACCCCAAUGAGGUGGCAUUGCUGCUGCUGGCAGACAACUUGUGGGACAAGGUGCGGCUGCAAUGGCCCCAGGUCCUGGGGAAGGAGAAUCCGUUCAACGCCCAGAUUGAACAGGUGUUUGGAGACCAAGGGGGACACUGAGUCCCCCGGGGACAUGGGCUCCUGGGGGGCUUAGGGAAACGGAAACUUGGGUAAACUCAUCCGGCGCGCAGUUCCAGGGCUGCUGUGCCACAGACUCACAGGCCUCUCCCAACAGCCCCUUUGCAGUGCUUUUCUCUCCUCAAGGAGCGCAUCGGAACGACAGUGUGACUCUGAGCUGCUGGGUUCAGGUCCCCGCCCACUGGCCCUCGUACAACAUUCAAUAAAAAGCUUUGGGC